CUUGUGAGGCAGGCGAAGGAACCACUGAGAUAAUCUCCAACCAGGAUUCCUUUUACUAAUGGGGAACCUCAGUUAAGCAAUACCUCAUGCCAGCUAAGCUAGAACUACCUGGACCACAUCUUCACUCAUACCUCCUACAAGUGUUAUCACAAAUAACUUCUCUAUGCAUGGUAGAGAGCUUAACAAAACUUCCUUCUAUGACCACCUGCCUUAUCUCCUACCUGUCAUACAGCCCAAGCCUAUGGUAAUUCCUCAUGAGAAUAAGUAGGAAGACAGUCCAGGGAGUACUCUCACUCAGCAGAGCCUCUAGGUUUUACAUAAUAGAGCUCAUGCCACUGCUCCUAAUGUUGAGGACCUAUUUCCUCUAAGCAGUGCAGGCAAAAUUGGAAAAACUAGAAAGAAAGGUAGAGAGGGAGAAAUGUGAAAGAUAAAUUGAAAGAGUAGAUGAAAUCUGUUUUUCAGUACUGUGUGAAAUGACUGUAAUCACCUAAAAACAAACAGCCUAAAGCACAUUUCCAAACCAAGCACUGGUAUCUUGAUCAGAGGUAAUUCUAAGGCUGUCACUCUGAAGAAGGCUAAACUUAGUGAAUAGGCCUACAAGUCCCUAAAGUAGUCACUUAGCUGAAUAAUUAAUGAUAAGUCACAAAGUAUCUCUUAGGCAAGUAAAUUCUACCUUGUUUGACAGACCAUCUUCUCUUCUCUUACAGACAAGAUUAAGGAAAUAUUUCCUAAUGGGUCUCUUCACAGUGAUACCAAACUGAUUCUGGUGAAUGCAAUCUAUUUCAAGGGGGACUGGAAUCUGAAAUUUGAUGAAAAAAAUACUGUAGAAAGAAAAUUUUGGCUGAAUAAGGAUACCAGCAAAUCUGUGCAGAUGAUGGAACAAAGCAACCAUCUCAAAUUUGCCCCCUUGGAAGAUGUGCAGGCCAAGAUGGUGGAAAUACCUUACAAAGGCAAAGCUCUAAGCAUGGUGGUCUUGCUGCCAAAUGAAGUAGAUGGUCUGCAGCAGCUUGAAGAUAAACUCACUGCUGAGAAAUUAAUGGAGUGGACAAGCCUACAGAAUAUGAACAUGACAGACGUGAAUUUACACCUACCUAAGUUCAUAAUGGAAGACAGCUACAAUCUCAAAUCCAAAUUGAUAGACAUGGGGAUGGAAAAAGCCUUCCAUCCACAGGAUGCUGACUUUUCCAGCAUGAGCAGAGACAGGGAUUUAGUGGUAUCUAUUGUCAUGCACAAGGCCUUCGUGAAGGUGAAUGAAGAAGGGGCAGAAGCUGCAGCUAUUACUGGCUCAAUGGGAUCUAUAACUUCAGCAACAAUAUAUGAAGACUUCAAUUGUGAUCAUCCUUUCCUAUUUAUCAUCAAACAAAAUGAUAACAAUACCAUCCUCUUCUUUGGUAGAGUUUCCUCCCCUUAAACAUCAUUAUCCUAUCACGCUUUAGGGGGAAAGUUCACAGAAUUGUUUAAGUAAAUUGAUGGCUGCAAACAAUAGGUUCUCUUGGCUCCUUUUCCUUUCCAAACUAUAGACACAACUAAAAAUACAGUGGUUGAAAUAAUAAGACUUUCUGUAUCUCUUUCUAUAGAUAUAUAUAAAGCCACUCUUUUCUUAUAAAAUUCUCAUGAUGACUAAAUG